AUGAGCCGAUUCUUUUCGCUCUUCACCAGAUCAUCGCAACCUCUGAUCCAACACCUCGGACCACCGACCACGCCUACCGCACAAGCCGCCCAGGAAGCGCUCAAGGGUAGCAACGCCGCUAUGUCUGCACAGGAGACGGCCACGGUCGCUAACGGUUGCUUCUGGGGCACAGAGGACAUCUACCGCAAAGCUUAUGGAAACGGCAAGGGUCUGCUCGAUGCCAAAGUGGGCUUCAUCGGUGGCCAAGAGUCGAGCAAGAACCCAUCGUAUGAGGAGGUCUGCACAGGUCGCACUGGUCACGCCGAGGCUGCUCAGAUCGUGUAUGACCCGUCCAAGGUGUCAUAUGCCGAGAUAAUCGAGUUCUUCUACCGAACCCAUGACCCCACGCAGCUUAACCAGCAGGGCAACGAUCGAGGCACACAGUACCGUUCUGCCAUCUUUGCGCACGACCAGACGCAGCUCGAUAUCGCAAAGAAGGUGACCGAAGAGGUGCAGAAAAAGCACUUUGACCCGAAAGGCAAGAAGAUUGUCACGCAACUCGAGAUUCGAAAGAAAGAGGACUUCUUCCCUGCGGAUGACUACCACCAGAAGUACCUCAUCAACCAUCCUGAUGGAUACCACUGCUCUACACAUCGAUACUGGUGGUGA